UUACAAUCAAAAUGAGAAGCUUUGGGAAUUUGGGGCAAUUGCCUCUACUAGCAUUUGCUUUGGCAAUUUGCUUUGUAGCCAGCACUGUUGUUGCUGAUUACUCUUAUGGCUAUACUUCUCCCUCACCUACUUACACCUCUAAGAAGUACUACAAAUCACCAUCUCCAUCUCCAUACUACAAGAAACCGGAGAAACAUGCUGAACAUUCUCCGUCACACUAUUACAAGUCACCGGUGCCUUCCAAGCACGACUACUACAAGUCCCCCACUCCUUCAAAGCACUACUACAAAUCGCCGGUAGUAGUGAAGUAUUACAAAUCACCGGCUCCUUCAAAGAAAUACUACAAGUCACCUUCCCCUUCAAAGUACUAUUACAAGUCGCAUGCCCCUUCGAAGAAGUACUACAAGUCACCAUCCCCUUCAAAGAAUUACUACAAAUCUCCAUCGCCUGCUCCAUCAAAGCACUAUUACUACAAGUCACCAUCCCCUGCUAAGUACUACAAAUCUCCAUCACCUGCAAAAUACUACAAAUCUCCAUCGCCUGCAAAUUACUACAAGUCGCCUGCUCCAGCAGAGAACUAUUACUACAAGUCACCAUCCCCUGUAAAGUACUACAAAUCUCCAUCACCAGCAAAAUACUACAAGUCACCUGCUCCAUCAAAGCAUUAUUACUAUAAGUCACCAUCCCCAUCACAAUAUUACAAAUCACCCGCUCCUUCUAAGUACUAUAAAUCGCCGCCACCACCAACAUAUUACAAGUCACCAGUUUAUUACAAGUCCCCUCCCCCUCCACCAUACUACAAAGAAUCUACCCCUUACUACAAGUCUCCUCCUCCUCCUCCAUACUACAAAGAAUCUACCCCUUACUACAAGUCCCCUCCACCACCCCCAUACUACAAAGAAUCUACCCCUUACUACAAGUCCCCUCCACCUCCCCCAUACUACAAAGAAUCUACGCCUUCUUAUAAAUCCCCUCCCCCUCCCCCAUACUACAAAGAAUCUACGCCUUACUACAAGUCCCCUCCCCCUCCCCCAUACUACAAAGAAUCACCAUACUACAAAGAAUCUACCCCUUCCUAUAAAUCUCCUCCCCCUCCACCAAAGUACUAUGAGCAAUCGCCUACAAAAUACAACUCACCAUCUCCACCAUCACCAAUCUAUUAUUAGCAAACUCCCACCUAUGCCUC